CUUUGCAUCUGUCACUUGCUGUGCUUGUGUCUAUCUAGCGCUGAGCAUCGCGGUCACCACACCUCCCACCUCCUCCACUCCACUCCUUCAAGCAAAAGCACAUUCUGCAAAAUGGCCUCCAUCGCGCGCCAGUCUUCUCCCCUCCUCCGGUCGGCGUUCCGCGCUCCCUUCGCGACUAAGAAUGUCGCGCAGGUCGUGGCUUUUCAUGCUUCCGCUAAGAAGCAGAUCUUGCCUCCUUUGCCUCAGACUAUUCAGGGAACGAUGAACGACCCCGCUCCCAUCCCCAAGUCUCACCCUACCGAGGGUAGCUACCACUGGACUUUUGAGAGAAUCGUCUCUGCCGGUCUCGUCCCUCUCUGCAUUGCUCCCUUCGCUGCUGGCUCCAUGAGCCCCGUCAUGGACGCCGUCAUCUGCUCCGCUAUCGUCGUUCACUCGCACAUUGGUUUCCACGCCUCCAUCACCGACUACUUCCCUACUCGCCGUGUCCCCAAGACCCACACCUUCAUGAUCUGGCUGCUCCGCGCGUUCACCCUCAGCACGGCUGUCGGUCUGUACGAGUUCGAGACGAACGACGUCGGUGUCACGGAGGCUCUCCGCCGGGUGUGGAACGCAUAGACUCCUAGGAUUGUUGUUUUGUGAUAUGGUUUAGUUUAUUGCUGCUUGUGGUUUGUUUUGGGCGUAUGUGCCGCUCUCUCUGUGUACAUGUUCUGAUUCCAUAUUUUGGCUCGUCGAGCUAUAAAAGAUGUACUUUGAAAUAUACCUUUAUUGUUUCCCCCCCCCAA